AGCUCGUCAGUAUCGUACUGUCCGCCGUACUGCGAUCGUCUAUCGCUGUGUUGCGUGUUUGUGCCAUACGCGCGUCCGUCCGCCGCCCCCGUCUGUUAUUUCGGUUUCGUUCUCGAUUCGAACGAGUCUCGACCGGUCGUUUUUCCAUCCGUCCGACGCGCACGUCCACCACUACGUCCGUAUCCUCUGUCCGGAACGCGACCGCAUCGCCUCUCGAUCGCCGACCGCUACGAUCCGCUCGCGUCUAGAUGGUCCGGGCCCGCAGUCACCCGUCGUCGUCGUCUUGAUCAUGUCGCGGCCACCGCCGCCCGCCGGAUGACCGUCAUCGCCGCGCCGACGACGCGCUGUUGACACCGACAAAGCAACAGUACCGCCGCUGUUUCUAUUUUCUCCGACCCACCGACGGAUCGGCGCGAGACAGUUGUUCCUUUAUCGCGAGUCACGUUCAUCCCCCGACCCGGGUCUUGCGCGCUAUUGUUUUCGCGCUCCCGUUCGCCCGCCGACGGACAAAGUUCGCCGCACACCCCGACGCGCGCCAUGGUGCUGUUCGACAACCUGUUCGGGUUCCCGGGGCUGCCGGGCUGUCUGCGGUUCUUCUCGCCGCCGGCCGCGGCCAUCACACGCCGACGGUCCGCCGCUACGAUGCGCGGCGUCUCGUGCACCAAGAUCACGUCGUGCCUCACGCUGGUCCUGCUCAUAUGCUUCGAGACGGUCCUGCUGUCCACGGUCAGCGACUGCACCAAGUCCUUCACCGUGCACUGGAACACGUCGAAUUCAAUAUUCCGGAUAGACAAUACGGACCACAUAAUCGACGUGAACAAAGGCAACAUGCCUUUCGAAUACGACCAAGUGAACAUCGUGUGUCCCGUGUACGCUCCGGGGACGCACGAGUCGGACGCGGAAAAAUACAUAAUUUACAACGUGUCCAAGGAGGAAUACGAUAUGUGCCGAAUCACUAAUCCCAAUCCUCGGAUCAUAGCGUACUGCGACAAGCCGUACAAACUGAUGUACGUCACCAUAACGUUCAGGUCGUUCACGCCUCAACCGGGCGGACUCGAAUUUCAGCCGGGACAGGACUACUAUUUCAUCUCCACUUCGUCCAAGGAUGACAUCCACCGCAGAAUCGGCGGUCGCUGCUCUACUAACAACAUGAAAGUUGUGUUCAAGGUGUGCUGCAGACCAGAAGACCAACAGAACAAUCAGAACCUGGCCACCAGACCGCCGCAAAACCCGGGCAUGGGCGGCAACACACAGCGACUUCCAGGUCCGGUCAGCACGCACGGAUAUCCGGCCCGACCGCCGUCCGUGUACUCGCCGUCGUCCUCGCAACAACCGCCGUCGGUCGGCAAACAGCCUCCGUUCGGCGCAACCGGAACGUCCCUGCAGAACAAACCGUCUCACAAAAAAUCAUCCGAAUACGACAAGCAUCCCAACGAAGUGGUCAAGAACGAAGAGCUCACGUACAACGGUUCCAGCGCGACCCGCAGCAGCUCAACGAUGAUGUUUGCAAUUCUAGUCCUCGCGGCCACCGCAGUCCAGUUGUUGGCGUCACGGCGAUAGGCCGUCACACCGUCACACUAUCGCCGAGCACACAUACGAACACGAUUUCACUCGCGUACACAUAUUUAUAUCUUCGUGUGCGUAUAUGUAUAUUAUACUUAAGUACAUCUAUGUAUGCUGUAGGCAUUUCACGCCGUGUCCGGAUACGAUAAAACAUUUCGAUCGCAGCAUGACAUUAUUACUACGUAUUGAUCAAAUAACACACUGUGUACAUACCUAAAUGGCGUUUUUAUUUUACUAUAUACGAAUACGAUAUUAUUAUAUACCCGUGUACAUAUAAAUAUAUAUUAUUAUUAUUAUUAUUAUUAUUAUAAACAACCGCCACCGAUGAUAGUAAUAAUAAUCGUAAUAUAUCCUCCUAUAAACCCCAUCCCCCUCCCCCGAGCAAUUCUUAUUGUUAUU